AUGAGUCAAGAUUCAGCAGCUCUUGAGGAGUUCGGUAACCAGUUUGUUAAAUGGUAUUACAAUAAGUUCAAUCAAGUUAAAGAAGAUAUUAUUCCACUUUACAGACCUGAGUCUCUUGUUACAUUCCAAGAAAAUAUGAUCACAGGAUUAAUGCCAAAUGGCCGUCUCAGUAUUGAAGAUAAGAUUCUUUCUGAGAGUCUUAAAUAUAUGAUGAAGUCACCAACAACUUGGACAAUUCAGCCAUCUAUUUCUAACACAGUUCUUAUCUGCGUCCAGGGUACAUGCAAAAUGACACCAGAAGAGGCUGAAGAACUUGGUUUCUUCGAGAAUUUCAUUAUUGGUAUGGAAGAAGGCAAUUUCGUCAUUUUGAACCAGAUCUUCUCAACAUCAUCUGUCUAA